AUAAUCAAAAGAAUAAAAUUUUACAAAAUGGAUUUCAUCAUUUAAGAAACAAUUUUGCUUCAUUCUAGGCUGAUGUAGUAGUAAACUUGCAGAUCUUAAUCCUUUGAAAGCACCUCCAUAUAUUUUAUUUAAAUAGUCAUUUUUUCGCCUUCUGUAAUUUCGUCUGUUACAUAAAUUUUCUGGUUACAAUUGCAGCAAUGGCACUUAAACAAAUGAGUGGGGGUCUGAAAAGACUUUAUUUGACAUUUUCUCGAAGUGUAUCAACCAAAUUAAAAGUCAACAAAGAAAUUGGCGUCAGUGGUUAUGCACUUUUGUCUGUGCCUAUAACAACAUUUUGCCUGGGUACAUGGCAAGUAAAAAGACGAGCUUGGAAGUUAAAUUUAAUUGAAGAAGUUAAGACUAAACAUAAAGCUGAACCUGUUGAACUACCUGAUGACCUUGAUAAACUUUCUACAAUGGAAUAUCGACGAGUUCAUGUUCGUGGAACAUUUGAUCAUACAAAAGAGUUGUACAUUGGCCCUAGGCAACAAAUAACCAACAAAGAUGAGGGUGGUGGUGGAAUAAUUUCAUCACCUACUCAAAUUGGUUACCUUGUAAUCACACCUUUCCAUUUAACAGAUAAAAACAUUACAAUUCUUGUUAAUAGGGGUUGGGUUCCUAAGAAUAAACUUGAUCCUGCUAAAAGAUCAAAAGGACAGAUACCAGAAGAAGUAGAUCUUAUUGGAACAGUUAGGCUCCCAGAAAAGAGACCACAGUUUAGCCCAAAGAAUAAAGCAAACUCUAGGAAUUUUUUCUUUCGAGAUGUGCCAAAAAUGGCACAACUUACAGGAGCUGCUCCUAUUUUUAUUGAUGCUGAUGAAAGCAGUACAGUUCCUGGUGGUCCAGUUGGUGGCCAAACAAAAAUAACAUUCAGAAAUGAACAUUUAUCAUAUAUUCUUACAUGGUAUUCUUUGUGUGCUGCAACUUCAUACAUGUGGUACAGAAAAUAUCUCUAUAGAGUAAAGGCUGUGUGAUUGUGUGCAUGAACUGUAAAUAUUUUUGCAUUUCUUAGGAAAUUAUUUAAAAAAAAUAUGUAAAAUGUUAUAUUUUCCUUAUUGAAAUAAAGAAUAAGUUCUUGUUUUA